AUGCCAGUGCACAUCCCUGAACACCUCUACACACCCUUCACCACACCACGGCACACCCUCUCCAUGCCAGUGCACAUCCUUGAACACCUCUACACACACUUCACCACACCACGGCACACCCUCUCCAUGCCAGCACACAUCCCUGAACACCCCUACACACCCUUCACCACACCACGGCACACCCUCUCCAUGCCAGCACACAUCCCUGAACACCCCUACACACCCUUCACACCACGGCACACCCUCUCCAUGCCGGCACACAUUCCUGAACACCCCUACACACCCUUCACACCACGGCACACCCUCUCCAUGCCAGCACACAUUCCUGAACACCCCUACACACUCUUCACACCACGGCACACCCUCUCCAUGCCAGCACACAUCCCUGAACACCCCUACACACCCUUCUCCACACCACGGCACACCCUCUCCAUGCCAGUGCACAUCCCUGAACACCUCUACACAUCCUUCACCACACCACGGCACACCCUCUCCAUGCCAGCACACAUCCCUGAACACCUCUACACACCCUUCACCACACCACGGCACACCCUCUACAUGCCAGUGCACAUCCCUGAACACCUCUACACACCCUUCACCAUACCACGGCACACCCUCUCCAUGCCAGUGCACAUCCCUGAACACCUCUACACACCCUUCACCACACCACGGCACACCCUCUCCAUGCCAGCACACAUCCCUGAACACCUCUACACACCCUUCACCACACCACGGCACACCCUCUACAUGCCAGUGCACAUCCCUGAACACCUCUACACACUCUUCACCACACCACGGCACACCCUCUCCAUGCCAGUGCACAUCCCUGAACACCUCUACACACCCUUCACCACACCACGGCACACCCUCUCCAUGCCAGUGCACAUCCCUGAAACACCUCUACACACCCUUCACCACACCACGGCAUACCCUCUACAUGCCAGCACACAUCCCUGA